UAAAAUAAUUGAUAAUCACUAUAAUUUGUGAACUGGGCCUAAAAUGAAGCGUGGCCCAAAGAAUUUUUGAAACACUCAAGACCUUUUCUCUCUCAUCGCUCAUCACUCCCAUCUCCUCUUCCGCCGUGGAACCGAUUCUACCACCGCAUUCCUUGUCUCCAAACUCGACGAACUUCCCAACUCAGACCAACUCGCCAACAUCUUACCUUCCUACCUCCACAACCUCCCUCCACGGUGCCGACAAAAUAACAAUUCGGAACAAAGUAGAAUGGGGACGAAGAUAAAGUCCAAAACUCAAGUGGUGAAAAACAAAGACAGCGAAAAGAAAGCCGUUGCUAAUGGAACCAACAAAGAAGACAAUAACGUUUUUGCUUCUUGCACCUUCUCUAGCCUUGGUCUUCACCCAACCUUAUGUGACCAACUUCGCGAAAGAAUGGGUUUUGAAGGUCCAACAUUAGUGCAAGCUCAAGCCAUUCCUGUUGUUCUAUCUGGCCGUCACGCACUAGUUAAUGCUGCUACUGGCACGGGGAAGACGAUUGCAUACCUUGCUCCGAUAAUUCAUCAUUUACAGAGUUAUGAUAAGCGAAUUGACCGCUCCGAUGGAACAUUUGCGUUGGUUCUUGUACCAACGCGUGAGUUAUGUUUGCAGGUUCAUGAAAUUCUUCAGAAGUUAUUGCAUCGGUUUCAUUGGAUUGUUCCAGGAUACAUUAUGGGUGGUGAGAGUAGAUCAAAGGAGAAAGCCAGGCUGCGCAAAGGCAUAUCAAUUCUUAUUGCAACUCCUGGGCGCCUUUUAGAUCACUUGAAGAAUACAGCAUCAUUCUUGCACACAAAUUUGCGCUGGAUAAUUUUUGAUGAAGCUGAUCGUAUUUUGGAAUUAGGAUUUGGAAAAGAGAUACAAGAAAUACUAAAUCUUUUAGGUUCAAUGAAGACCGGGCAUGAGGACCAAGAGAAUACAGUUACAAGACCCUCUAAAUUUCAAAGACAGAACUUGCUUUUGUCGGCAACCUUAAAUGAGAAAGUAAACCACCUUGCCAAAAUUAGCUUAGAGGAUCCGGUGAUGAUUGGUAUUGAUGAUAAAACAAUGGAACCGACCUCAAAAAUUAGAUUUGUCCAUUCCGACUCUGAUGAAGACAAUGAAGACAAGUAUUCCAAUAAAAUAGCAGCAGUUGGAGCUUAUAAAGUGCCUGAACAGUUGAUUCAAAGAUAUUUGAAGGUGCCUUGUGGAUCACGGCUUGCUACACUUCUUUCAGUUCUAAAGCAUCUUUUUGAAAGGGAACCUUCACAGAAGGUUGUAGUAUUCUUUUCAACAUGUGAUGCAGUGGACUUUCACUAUUCGGUGUUAACAGAAUUCCUUUUCUCAUCACAUCCACAAACUGAAGAAGGGAACAGACCAAUUUUUCUUGGAUGCAAAACUCUUCGGCUACAUGGUAAUAUGGAACAGGAGGACAGGACGACCAGUUUUCAGGCCUUUAAAACUGAUAAAUCUGCCCUUCUUUUGUCUACUGACGUUUCUGCCAGAGGCCUAGAUUUUCCAAAUGUUAGAUGCAUCAUACAAUAUGAUUCUCCCGGAGAAGCUACUGAAUAUGUGCAUAGAGUUGGAAGAACAGCUCGACUGGGCGAAAGAGGAGAGUCAUUGUUAUUUCUGCAACCUGCUGAAAUAGACUAUUUACAAGAUUUGAAGAAACACGGUGUCUCAUUAACAGAGUAUCCUCUCCUCAAAGUGUUGGACAGUUUCCCAAUGUCUGGACACAAAAACAUGAAGAAUUCUGUUUUCAUAGACAUGCAUCCCUGGAUCAUGUGUCUCCAGAAGGCACUCGAGUCCUUCCUCUCUUCCAAGCCCCAUAUGGAUGAACUUGCCAAGAAGGCAUUUUGCUCUUGGGUCCGUGCAUACACAGCACAUCGCGGGGACCUGAAAAGAAUAUUUAUGGUCAAGAAACUUCACUUGGGGCACGUAGCAAAAAGCUUUGCGUUGAAACAAAUCCCUUCUUUAGUUGGAAAAUCAUUCCAAAACCAAGCUAAGAAGAGAAAAAGAUUUGAGAAGAAAAGUGGGCCGUCAAAUAAGAGAAAAGUUGCACGACGGGUGAAGUAAUGCAGACCAGAAAGUAGCUUAUAAUGUAAGUCGAUGAAGCAAUUGGUGUCAAAAUGAUGAAUACCAGAAUCUAAGUCACUUUGUUAAAAAAGUGGCCUCUUUUGUGACCUGAGGUCAAGUAUCAACAUAAUGCCAAAAUGACCUUCUAAUUCUACGACAGACAAGAGAUUCACUAACAUACAACAGGUUUCAACAGAAGAGAUUUUUCUCACAAAACCGACUUCUGAAAUGCGUGCCAGGUAUUGUGUUGAGACUUGUCAAAACACAGUGGUAUGUAUCCGUAUGAGAUUAUAGUUUUAUGUAGUUACGGUUUUGGUAGUCUGUUUUCUAGGACUUGAAUUUCUUAUGUUACUUGGAAUUUUGUCUUGUUUUGUUUUGCUAAAUUAUUUGCACAAUAAUAUUUGAAGUGUUAUUAUGAUGAUCAA